AUGGGCACGAAAGGGAAAUUCGUUGAGGUUUCGAAACGAUCAUCAGACGUUGGCCACAGCGAGAAUAUCCUCAGUUUGCUGCCUCAUUUACAGCGUGCCAGCAAAAAGUUUCCCACUUCUUCGAGGAUCGGCAGGAAGGAAGAUGUUCCAAACACAGACAGACGAACAACCGGAGACGACGCGGAACAGAGAUUGCUGCAACAUCCGGACUUGACCAAGGGUAACGAACGUUGGGGCGACACCUACCCGCCAUUCGACCCAGAAAUUGAAAAGAUUCGCUUGCCGAACGAGGUCAAAAUCGACGCUUACAAUGCGCCAACUUCGUAUGCCUCUCCUAGCAGCUAUGGACCCCCACCACCAACACGAAUAAGAAAUACAAACUACGGACCUCCUCCUGCUCCACCUCGUCCUUACCAUCAUGGGCCGACAUCAUCAUCAGCAGGGAUCCAUUAUAGACCACCACCAGCACCACUGUCGCCACCGAGGCCAAUCGACGACCAUUACCACGAACACCAACACUGCCACUUUCACAAACACGUCUCAGCAAAGCACCACCCACUUUGGCACCACAUGUGGAAGAUGUGGAAGCUCGGCAAAGAACACGGUCGCGUCACGGCACACCACUUGGCCAAAGCCUUCAAGUCAAAGCUCUUACACCACCCACAUCUCAUUACACCACCCGUCGUGCAUCACCAUGUCCACAAGCACGAACACGAACACUUGCACCAUCAUCCACCACGCGGGGUACCAUCCGUGACUGUUGAUGUGGUUCCCGCGUAUCCGGUAAAACACAGGGAUCCUGUUUUGGAUUAUGACGGAUGGAUUCCCAGCAGCGGAGAUCCUUUCAUUACUUCGCCAGGGUCAAUCGGAUAUUAUGCCCCUCCUAGACGUGAUUCCGUGUUUGACUACGGAUUCAACCUACUUGACAUGGUGAGACAACGAAAGCGGAACCCGUAUGCAACCAGAUACAGAUACUACGGGCAACCCGAGAUCUGGCCAGGGCAACCCGGGAUUGUACACCACUCGGUAACCCAUCGACGACGAGUGGAGGAAACCCCGCACCGACGCAUAUUGAAAACCCCAACGGGUCAAGCAAUCCACACCGAGAGCCUCAUUGAGCACCACCAGCCAGGCUACAAGCUCCACGAAAGCUCCACCAACAACGUCCAAACCGGCGGCUUCGACUUCGUCCAAGUCCGCAGCGCAGAAGGCGCCGAACUCCGCAACGACACCACCAUCAGCAGCAGCACCGCCAUCGCCGCCACCAACACACCCAGCACAGAAGACUUCAACGCCACUUCGAAUCCCUCCGAACAUUCCCGCGGCAGCAGUUCACAACAACAGGGCAAACGAGUCAGUUUCGCGACACGCACUAAAACGGAACCCGUACCUGCUGUGCAACCCAUCAUCGUUCCACCUAUUGCUGAGGUCGUGUUCACCAACAAUGCUGAUGAUCCUGGACGAAGAGACGUUGAAGAAGUCACGGCCAAGUCGGAAGUGGUGCAGCAUCAGACGAACAAUGUCUUCUUUCCGGAAUUGCAGGCGUCGGCCGGAGGAAGGAUCACGUCCAAUAUCCCAAAGAAGCUCGUGAUGAUCGCAUCAUCAGACGGCAGCAAAUAAGUCUGAAGCCAUCAAUCUGAAAAAACUUGGAAAUAUUCUUGUUUUUACACUAUGGGUUGAAAAAGCAGCGACUCAAGAGUACAGUAUUUCAAAAUUGUUGAACACAAAGUUUUCUGCACAUAUACAUGGUGAUUCAUGUUCUAAAUUUGACCCAUAAGAAUGUAUAUGCGCACAUAAUCAUGAAGUUCCUUCUGAAAUUAAGGCGUUAUAGUGUGAACAAAGGGGGAUUAUCCUGGCAUACUUCCAACAACGAAGGGCUUGAUUUGAAAUUUGGCAAAGAAAAAAAGUUACAUUUUCAGGAAAAAUUCGAACAUGCAGUUUUGAUCGAAGAAUACAAGAGCUAAUCAGAAAGAAGGAGAUGAAACGAACAGUUCCCUCGGGUUUGCAAAAUUAAGUUUCUUCACUUCUUCAUUUUGGAAGGCAACACAUAGGUACAGUAGUUGUUUUUCUUACACAGUACAGAAUCUUGUUACAACGAUUUGACUCAUAACGACUUCAUGCUUACAACAAACUUAUUUUCCAGCCCCUUUCCAUUACCCACAAUGUUAUUUAAAUUUGUUUUCUAUUAAUUUUCGUUCACGGUGAAACUUGUUUAAAGAUUCCUAAUGCUAUCUUGCAACAAGAUUUUAUACUGUAUUACCAAAAAUGUCUCCGAAUUUCAGGCUUGCAGAAUUUGCAUUAUUUGAAUAUAGUAAAAAUUUUCCUCUGUGAACACAAGAAGAUACAAAUAUGUACAGUAUUUUACCUCUCAAAAUGCAGAGGACUUCCGUGGGUUAUUGAGUGACGCCAUCAUUUCUCCACUUUUUGGAACAUCACGUAAGCACCUUUAUUUAAGAAGCUACAGAUGACUAAUUAAACCUACUUCUGCUUCAUCCUUGGUUCUAUAAGUUCAGCAGUAUGGUAAUUUAAUUUGCAGCACCACCAAGUUUAUGGGCGAGCAAAAAAAUUACAGACGCAAUGGUUUUUUUUUUUUUUUUCAUCUGCGUUGUUCAGAGACAGUUGCAGAAAGUUUUUACUUUGCGCUGGAACAGAUCAAAUGUCAUCAACAGAGAUUCUACAAAACAAUAUAUGCAGUAGAAUCUUGUUAUAAUUUAAUUAAUCUCAUUAGGACAAAUGCUCGCUCUUCAAAAUUGGGCAGGAUUUCAGUUUCAUAAGCACUAAAUUCGUGAAUGUUGGUGUAACGAGAAUUUCAUUACAACAAUUUCACCAGGUUUCAACUGAUUUGUUGGGACAAAAAUCUGCUGUGCAGUCUGUAUUAUUAGUGAGCUUUGCACCCAUCCGUAUAAAAUGAACAAAACUUUCGAACAAAGUUUUUUUCAUCAGAAACUCGAACAGCUUUAAAUUUUCUUUAGAUACUUCCAGUUUUUACAAUGAUAUCUGGGAAAAGCUGCGCUUUAUUGAAAAAAAUAUGGUCCAUUAUCGUUAAUCUGCCAGACAUAAGAAUUUCAAUGGGAAUCCUUGCAAUUGAAUUCCACCUGCAUUCAUGUAGGCUUUCUUUGCAACAAAAUGUGCCAAAGAAAAACGACACCUAUUUUCUUUAGAUGAUUUCAUCAGCUUUAUCCAAUCAUUAGAACAUAUUCAAUACUUCAAUUCGUGUGUAUCAAAUGGCUGUAUCAAAUUUGUUUGCAUGUUGUUAUAUGUAUUCACAAAUAACAGAAAGUGUCCAGUAU